AUGAUGGCACUUGGGUCUUUCUUCUUUGCUGCUUUGCUGGUUGGAGUUUCACCGGAGGAGGAGAAGGAGGAGGAGGAGGAGGAGGAGGGGGAGGAGGAGGGGGAGGAGGAGGGGGAGGAGGAGGGGGAGGAGGAGGAGGAGGAGGAGGAGGAGGAUGAGGACGAGGAGGAGGAGGAGGAGGACGACGAGGAGGAGGAGGACGAGGAGGAGGAGGAGAAGAAGAAAGAGAAGGGAGGAGAAGGGAGGAGAAAGGGGGAGAAGAAGUGA